AUGAUGAACAGGAAGAAGCUGCCUAACGAAACAAUGACGAAAUAUUACCAAGAUAAAAUCUCCAUGUGUUUUCGUUGUGAUUUAUCUGAUGCCGCUAGUGUUUCGUGCAUAAUCAGGGGCCUACCAAUUUCGUUACAAUCAAAUGCACGAGCAUUUCAAUGUCAGCGUCCAGAUGAACUUUACGAGGCCUUUCUAUGUGCCCUCGAUGAUUAUCGUCUACCGACAUUCGAAACAAGAGAGAAGUUUAACAAAGAUGCCAAACAAUCAUCCAGCUUAGAAAAAAAGGUUAACCCUGAAAUUGAUCCCUGCCUGGUUGUUGCAAGAAAAUCGGCCAUAUUCUACGAAAUUGUCCAUUACCCGAUCAACGGACUUGCUACAAGUGCGGAGUAA